UAUAAAAUAUAUAAAUUUAACUUCCAUUUUCACUUUCAAUCACCAAAUUAACCUCAAAAAUUCACCUCUUUCUCACAUAAUUUUUAUACUCCUUCCACUAUUCUCUAAACCUUCUUCCACAUAAUUUUCAUGGAUCCGUUCAACAACCCGGAGAACCCGAACACUUCGAACAACCCGAAUACUCCCAACAAUCCGACCCAACCAAAUGUUUUUUCGGUUCCGGGAUAUUAUCCAACGCUAGAACCGAACCAAUUCUCGCAAUAUUCAUCGAACGCGUUUGCUUCAUUCCAACACUCGCCAAACCAAUUCACUCAAAUCUCCCAAAAUCAAGCCCUUCAACAAAUAAUGAUGCGGGGUGCUUGGAACUUCCCACCCGUUCAACCUCAACCGAUCCCCACACCACCCGUUCAACCUCAACCGAUCCCGACCCAAUCCGAACCCGAAGACGAUGUGGAGAUUGUGCCCGAAACCCAACCGCCUAAAGGGAAAGGAAAACGAAACAAAGGCAAACAAGUGGUGGGUGAUCAAACGUCGAAACCGAAGGCGACUAAGUGGACCCCAAUCGAAGAAGAAGCCUUAGCCAAGGCUUUCAUUGGCACUUCCGACAACCCGGUAAAAGGUAAUAACCAAGCAGGUGAGGGGUUUUGGUCCAAGGUAUUGGCCAAGUUUCUCGCCUUGAUGGACCAAGGCCCGUAUAGAGAUCUCGACUCGGUUUCCUCGAAGGGGCGAAAAUUGAACUCGGCCAUUAAUCGGUUUUGCGAGGAGUAUAACAAAUUAUAUACAAGUGACCGUCGUAGCGGGUGGAACGACGAGGAUGUGUUCAAAAUGGCAUUGGAAAAGUAUAAGCAAAAGAAUGGUUCCAACUUUCCUCACGUUCGCGCGUGGAUGGUUGUAAAAGACAACCCAAAUGGGCGCCUAUUCCGAACGACGUCACGGCCCGAAAAACGAAGACGAAGGAGCGGGGCAUCGAAGAAAAAAGUCGUGCAUCGGAAGAAAAGUUAA